GACCAGCGUGCACGAGAGGAGGUGGCACGAGAGCGAUGGUCUGCCGCUGCCGCCGCCUCCGGCUCGUCGCUGGCCGCGCUUCAGAGGGCCUAUGGCGACUGGGGCUGCGUGGAGUUGGCCCGGGAGGAGUGCAAGCUGGCCGGUCUGCUGCUGCGCGCGGGGGACGCCGCCGCGGCGCGGGCGCGCUGGGCCGCGGCGGCCCAGACCCUGCGGCUGCUGGC